CAAGAUUCAUCAUUUUUGCAAUGUGAUUGUGGAGGGAUUAAACUUGGACUUGUUGUAAAUUUAAUAUAUUUCCUUAAAUAUUUUCGUAUGUCCCGUUUUGAAUUACUAAUUUUUCUAUAUUAAUCAAUCGUAACUUAAGAACGUAGAUUAGUAUCGUCAAAUCACGUUUUCUAUGGUAGUAAUAGUAAUACAUUUAUACCAAGAUGUCGGUAAUACUCUUUUACGAUUUUGACAAGAAAAUGUUUGUAUAAAAAUAAAAUGCGUUUGUGUAAUUGAUAUGAGCUUAUGAUCGUUUAAAUGUGUAAAUAAGAUAGAUAGAAAUCCACCAAUAUGAGUCAACUCGCAGAAGAAAAUUUACAGAAUAUCAAUUGCAGUCAGAAAAAUGCAAGUAUGAAAAAUAAAAGUAAAAAGGCCAAAGAUCCUCCGGAAACGAAUGAUGAAACAAAAAAGUGGAAUGAGGACAAAUUAAGUGAAGCAUUAGUUAAUACUCUUCAUAUUAACAAUCUUAAUAGUAACUUAACUAAUGGUACGAGUGACCAUUCUAAAGAUAGUGUCAAUGUUUUAAAUGUAGAACCUAUAAUAGCACAAGACGCAGCACCUAGUGAAGUCAAGAUGAAUGUAAAUAGUGUACAGUGUAGUGAUGUCGUGAAUACUAGACAGCGUCACGAAAAUGCCCCCUUAAACAAGGUCAGAUGUAGUGGAGUAGACGAAAUUGAAAACUUUGAAAAAUCGUCAUCUCCCCAAGAACAUUCUGAAAAAAUUGAAAUAAUAUCUUACGAAUCUGAAUUACAAAUGCCAGAAAUUAUGAGACUUAUACAGAAGGAUUUGUCAGAACCUUAUUCUAUCUAUACAUAUAGAUAUUUUAUUCACAACUGGCCUAAACUUUGCUUCUUGGCUAGUCACGAAGGAAAAUGUAUUGGUGCCAUUGUUUGUAAGUUAGAUAUGCAUCGAAAUAACGUCAAAAGAGGAUACAUAGCCAUGCUGGCAGUAGAUGAGAAAUAUAGGAAAAGGAAGAUAGGUUCUAGAUUAGUACAGAAAGCAAUAAGGGCAAUGAUAGAUGACAAUGCAGAUGAAGUUGUUUUAGAAACAGAAAUCACAAAUAAACCAGCACUUAAACUUUAUGAAAACUUAGGCUUUGUGAGAGACAAACGCUUAUUUAGAUAUUAUCUAAAUGGAGUAGAUGCAUUGCGGUUGAAGUUGUGGCUAAGGUGAAAUAAGUAGGUAACAAAUGAAAGAUUCUCAAUGUUGUGUUAUAUAGCUCUGGUAUCUUCACGGUCUCAGGCAUAUAUUAUAUUAAAAAUCCUACUGUUGUUAAACAGAUAUAUCAUAAGCCUGCCAUGUGAAUUUUAGCCAAAUGUAUAGUUUGUUUAAAUUUUUUUUAUCAUGUGAUAUGUGUUAUUUUAUCUAAUUUAUGAGUUAAAAAUUGUUAAUGAGAAUGUUUACUACAAUUUCUUUUAAAACCUCAAUAACUAAAUUGUUGAUAUCCUAUCCGGAAAUACACAACU